GUUCUUGUCAAGCUGUUUAGUUUGGUGAGAUGUUUACUUAUGGAAACCCGAUAUAAUUUUUUUCUUUGGAGAGCGUUACUAAACACACUAAGCUAUAUAAGUAAAUUGUAAGAGAAGGACAGACUACAAAUUGAAUGUUGUAUGGAAUAACCUUGAGGUCCGGUAGCGGUUUCAACCCAUCGCGUCAUCAGUCUAUAACAUGUGUUCACGGAGUUCCUGAUGGAUUAUUAAUCACAGAACAGCUGUAGUAUGGGUAAUGAAGACAGGAUUAAAAUAACUAACCAUGGAUCACGUUUGGUUUUGUGAAUACUGCUCCUCAGCUGAAGGGAAUGAAAGUAGAAAGCUUUUCUCAACACAGAGAGACUUCGUUAAUCAUAUCCGAGCACACCAUUUAGUUCGCAAGUUUAGAAAUGAUGUGGAAACGUUUAUCUGCCGGUAUGGCCCGAAUAAUUCGUGUCUUCUAUCCAAUGGUCUAGAUAGUGUUGAGAAGAGUCAUUCAUCUCGUGAUUCCUUAUUUAAAAGUCAGCGUGACUAUGAAAGACAUUUAGUUGGGUUUCAUCUUCUAAAACAUCCUGUAUACAAACAUCCGGAUGUAAAAUCUCCGCUUCCAAUACCUCCCAUUUCUUCCCACUAUAAUGAGAAACCAUCACGCAAAUGGAGUGUAUACCAAUCAGUUGUGAAUUUACCAGCUGUUUUAAAUGAUCCAAAUUAUCGUGAGAAAGAUAUAUUUACAAAAUUAUGGGGUGAUAAAUUUGAAAAUGCUGAAGUUCUACCCAGUCCACAUCUACCAGUAAUUACAGAGAAACAUUUUAUAGAAUAUUUAAACAAAAUUGGGGUUCGUAAACUCGAUACAGAGUCUUGUAGAUCAUCGCCUAAUUGUCAAAUUAAUUCAUCUAAUUCAAUCACUGAUAUUUCUCUAUCAGUGAAAUUAUGCAAUAAAGUUUUAAAACAUGAACCAUCGCAUGAUAUAUCAACGACUUCCAUUCCCGCUUUAUACUUUGAUCAAAAUUUCAAUUUGAAAGAUGAAAAGACGUUUUGUCAAGUUAUACCUUUACACGUCCGUCGUUCUCACUUUCAAAAUGUUCGAAACCCAUUUGAAAAUAUCGUUUUCCCAUCAAGUAAACCAGAUUCUGUAAAUAUUUCAAAUCGAUUAAACUAUCCCAAUGAAGAAUUCCUGCAAAAAGAAGCUUUCCGCAAACAGCAUAAUCAAUUGAUUAAUUAUUUGGAUAUUAUUGAGUUAAAUAUAGUUGAACAGGUUUCCAGAAAAUCUUCAACAUUCUUUGAAGCUAUCCAGUGUCAUGAUGUGAUACGUGAAGAUUUAAGUCAAGCUAUUCGUCAAAUUAAAGAUUUUCGACGUAAAUUGCAUCAAAUUAAUACAUUGACUAUAAUUGACAAGAUGAAAUUGUUACGUGUUGUUAGAAGACGUGAAAACUAUCGACUGGUUGUUAAUAAGUUAAAAUUAAUCGCGAGUCUUCAAGCUACACAACCUACUAUUCAAACUCUAUUGAGAAAUAAUGAUUUUUGUGCUGCCCUGGAUUUAGUGAGCACUACAAAAGAAUUAUUACAUUCACAUUUGAUGGUGAACUCAACUUCCAGUGAUUUAUCAUCAGAUAAUGUGAUGGACCAGCCUGGUAAUAGAAAUUUAACAUCUAGGUUGAAGAAGAAUUCAACUACAUUUCUUUGUCUACGUGAUUUUGAUGCUCAAUUAAGUGGCAUUUCUAAUUUCGUACAUAAAAUGGUCGAAUCAGAAUUUGACAUUUCAUUGUGUCGAUUUUUGGAUCCACCCAUUGAAGAAUAUGGUGGAUUCCAUGACCCAGAUAUUUUAUCGUGUUUUCUUGGUUUAAUACGAAUUAAUCGGUUGGAUUUUGUGAGUGGUUUUCAUGCAGAAAUGCUCAAAAGAGUUAAAGAUAUAUUCUGUCAACAUAUCACUUCAGUUACACGACCUCCAGGAAAUGAUAGUGUUACAGAUUCUUCUACAACAAUAGGAUCUAAUGCAACUAAAUUAUCUACUUCUGAUCAACUGCGUAAUAUGCCAUGUGAAAAUUGGAUGACGUUUUUAGUUAAUCUAUGCAAUGACAUAAAAUAUUUACUAAUUCGUGGACAAGACGUUGUGGAUAUAUUCGAAAAUAACCUCUGUUCUAAUCAUCAGUCAAAUGAAACGGUUGAAAAUAGUACUGUUAUUUUGUCUACUCAUCAACCUUUAACUACAAUUAGUGUGCAUAAAGCGAAAGAACUUGCUAAAUGUAUGCAUAAAACUUUAUGGAAUACAGCUAAUAUAUCCCAGAAACGUUUAUGUUCAAUUGUUUCAUCUCGAUUUCGUCUUGGGUCUAUUCAAUUAAUGGAACCAAAGUUGAUGACAUCAACAGCAUUGUCUUCAACUGUUGAUUUAUCAGUGAAUUCACCAAAUCUACAACAAAGACAUUUGUCUACAACUUCAAUAAUGGAUAUUCCAUGUACAACAGUGUUUAGUGAAUAUGUAUUUGAUAAAUUUACUUGGAGUAAUUUUAGAGAACUAGUCAAAAUACUGAGUAUUUUCCAGGUAUAUGUUCUUCGAGCAUGGUUGAAAUUUUCUGAUAUUCCAAUUAAAGCAAUAAUUUGUCAUCAAUCGAAUGAUUCAGAAAAUUGUUUACAACCGAAUGUACAUUCUUUUAAUAAAUCAAAGUCUUGUGUUAAAAAAUCAACGAUUCCUUUAAAUCAAAAAACUUCAAAUGAUGUUAACCCCUCUUCCAUUAUUAGUUCUAACACUGAUGAUUGUAUAUCUAAUAACCAAUACAUAUUUAAUAUUCAAUCCGAUUUAAUCUUACGUGAUCUUGUACUUGAUAUGAUUAUACUUAUAAUUGACCGAUUUCAUCGUGAAAAUUAUGAUAAAAUAAAUAUGUUAUUGGAUCAAGAAAGAUGGCAAGCAGCUAUUUGUCCAGAACAAGUUCAACAAAUGAUUAAUGAUAUAUCCAUAGAAGUAGGACAUUGUAAAAUGAAGAGUUCACAGCUGACCAACGAACAUUCUCCUUGUACACCGAAUCAUAAUAAUUUGAUUCAAUCAACAGACAGUGUGGUCUCUACACCCAAUUAUGUUUUUCUAAAAAAUGAAGAGUAUACUGUAGUUCGUACAGUUAUACUGUUGUUGCCAAUAAUUAAUGAUUAUGUAAAAUUAGAUGAAAAAUUACCUGGUCAACCGUUAACUACUGAAUUCGUUUCAGAUCGUUUAGCCGAUCUACUUAAUCAUUUCAAUUCCCGUGUUUGUCAACUUGUACUUGGUGCUGAGGCAUGUAAACGGGUCGAUCUACAACGUAUAUCUGCUAAAAAUCUUGCCUUGACCCUGCGUAGUCUACAAUUGGUUGUGCAAUUUUUACCAUGUAUACAAUUCUUGUUAAACAGAAUAUCUAAAACGGAGUUUAAUAAAUCAUCACCAACUAGUGUCGAUAACCUUCUUAUUGCUUCAUUAUAUCAUUCUAACAGUCAAGGGAUAAAUCGAAUAACAUUAAAUAGUCUAGAUCAUAUUGAAAAACUAUUUAAUGAACAUAUUGAAAGUAUUUUACAAAAACUUGUUCAAUUAUUAUCGGAUCCAAUUGGUCCAAUGUUUUCUAAUUGGUAUGGUCGUCCUCCGAUACCAAGUAAACAAAUGGAUGAAUUAUGUCGGAAUUUAUCGAAAUUAAUCGGUAUGACUAAAAAUGUAUUACCUGCUAAAACACUUACGUCUAUCCUAUUGCGUGUUCAUAAUGAAUUAAAGGUGCAGUUACGUCAUCGUAUUAGUGAACUUGGUAUUGUUGCUGAUGGUGGACCUCAACAAAGCUUGAUCGAUUCGGAAAUUCUCCACUAUAUUGAUUAUUUUAAAACACUCACACCACAACUACAAAAAUUCGUUGAUGAUUGUUCUGAUAUCUGGCCAUCAUAAAUAAUAUUGACUGUUCAUUUACAAAAUUCCCAUGCAAGAUGUGGUCUGGUAAAAAAAAAGAUAAGCCAGAAAUACGCUCCUGCCUGUCUAUAUUAGCUAGAAGUAUUUAUUCACCUUGUGUCUUUCAUUAUUUAUAAAUGGAUAUACUUUAUAUUUUGUGAAUAGAUUGUGAGUCUUUCAUUAUUGCGGAUGUUUAUACAUACAAAGAAUGAACUGAUUUCUGUGGUCCUAUCAUUCCAAUAGACAUAUUUAAAUAGAUCAAUUGUGUAUGUGUGUGUGUGUACGUGCGCAAAACGUUUCUCCUUCACUCACUUGUGUAUACAUUUUGCUGUAUUCUCUUUACUUUUAUUCUGCUGUUAUUAUCAGUAUUACUAUGUUUCGCUGUUUCUUUCUGUCUUACUUUAUUCCUUCUGUUCAUAUUCAAGUUUUUUAAUGAAUAAAUUUUCCACAUUAAACUUAAAUUUUAGUAAUAUUAAUCUCCUUUUUAAAUUAUUAUUAUUAUUAGUAGUAGUAGUAAAAUGAGCUUACACAGUAUUCAUUUAUUAUUUAUUAUUGCUUCUAUUGAAGAAUAUGUUGUAUAAUUUUUUUUGGGGGGGGGGGAGAGGAGAGUGUCAAUUAAAUGUGUGGACAAACAAUAUAGAAGUUUACAAAUUUCUGUAAUAUGUGUUACUAAUUAAUGAAAUUUCUUUUAAAUAUCAGGUAACUUGUCAAUUGAGUUCAUAAAGUUUUGUUAUGCUGUGUUGUUUUCUAAGUCUGUUAUAUAUAUAUAGGAUUUUCAUUCGACAACCGAGUCAAUAAUAUAUGCAUACUGAAUGUACAUCCUUCUCGCUUAGAAAGUAGAAUCACAUUUUCGAUCAGUAGCAUCUGUUUCUUUCUAGAAAAUGAACUCGAAUCCUGGCCAAUAAUGUAUACUUAUCAUAUAGUCUGUCUGAUUGGUCCAGCUUUUCAUUUUUUCUUAGUCUUUGAGGGGCAUAGUACCAUCCAUGUAAGUAUAGAUUGAAGUUUAUGAGACGACUAUCGUAUUAAAGUUGUGUAGAAUUGAGUUUUGAAUGUUCAUUCUAAUAGUUGAAAAUCAUGAAAUAGUGUGGUGAUUUAUCUGCUGGUUCACUUCAGCUAAAAUUUGACUAAACGUUUAUAACUUUACUUUUUUCAGCUUAUUGUUGUAUAAACAGAAAACACAAUGGAGACGAAUAAAAAAUAUUUGUGUUCUUUUUAAUUUAGUGUAUCAAAUAUUAAUGAAGUUUGGUUCAAUGUUAUAUUUGCUAAUUGCAUUUUUAAAUUGAUCAUUUGCAUCUUUGAAUUCACGUAAUCAAUCCAUGUUUCUACUACACCUAAUUCAUUUAAUUGCAAUUUUAAAAAAUCAAUGAACUAUCCGUACUGAAAUCUGCCUAGCGUCUUGCAGAAUAUGUUAAGCAUGGAAAUGUAGUGAAAGCACCUGGUAACAUAGAUGAAGUUUAAAACAGCACCUCUGGAUAUUCAGCAGAAUAAAUCAAUCGUAGUAACUUUUCUAUGGCACCAUUCUCUAUCAUCCGCUUAGUUAUAGAGUUUACUAAAUUUUAGCAUUUGAUUGUCCAUUAGAUUCAGUUGGGUAGUUGACGCAAACUGGAUUCUAUCAAAUAUAAUUUGUUAGACAUUUUCGCUUCCGAAGGUUAUGCAGAGAACCAUUUUGUGCACAAGUGUUUUUUUACGUUAAAUUCAUAGGGGAAUUCAAUUAAAAGACAUUGUUUAAAAUGCAGAGUAAAUUUUUUAUUAAGUAGGCUAAGCCGGUUGGAUAAUGGUGUGCUACAGUGGCUCUUAUUGAAGGCAUUUUGUCAUCAUUUGCAGUAUUUUUAAAAAAUUGAAACAGAACGUUUUGUAAACUCAUCUUGACUAUCUGUAAGCGCAAUAAUGACCGAAAUUCAGCAGAUAUAUGAACUGUACUUUUGUAUAGUGAGGUCAUUGACGUAAGUAAUGUUUUUCUGGGAAGAUAUCAGUGAUUCAUUCCCCCCCAAAAUAGUUGGAACUGAAGAAAGAAAAUGUCAGUAGUAUGUUGAAUACUGCUUCAUUAUUUCAAACAGAAAUAGAUCAGGAUAAAAUUGAGAGUUAUUUUAUUUGUGUUUUUGAAAAUAUAUUUACCAGCAAUAGUGAAUUUAGGAAAAUCUGUAAGGAAAUAUUUAACCUCAAAAAUUAAGAGUCUAUAAAUAUAAAUUUCUUCUUGACAGCAUUAUCCUGAUGUUAAAAUGAAAAUCCUCAAUGAAUCACAUUAGCCUUCACUCAUUGAUUUUAAAAUUGAUCAUCAAAAUUCAAUGUAAAAUAUUCAUAGUUCAUUUUCUGUGAUCUUGAUGAUUUCUCAAAAUAUCCAUUGGGUAAGCACAUGAAGAAUCAGUUUGUUUAGCAUAGAUUUUUCUUAGAAUCGAACAAUCGAAUCAUUCAGCACCUAGCUAUAAAUCAUAGAUUAAAAUCCAAGAAACUGCUGAUUUAAAAUUUUUAAUAUGUUUUUCAACUUAUCUUCACUCUAUCUGAACAUUUGUAACACACACACUAUUUGUACUACUUGAUCAAAAGGUAACUUUACCUCUGGUUACCAUCUCUCAUUAAAAGUUAUCCUCAAAGAAAUUUUUUGUUCUUGUUUGAGUGAAGUUUAUAAUCUAAAUGUUUAUCAGUAACAAUCAUAUAAUGUGAUUUUACUUUGAUAAUUUCACAUGUAAAUAAAUUGAGUUUAUAUUUAUCAUCUUGUGUUAGACUAUUUGAUUGUAUGUUAAAUCUCUUUUUCUACAAUAAAAUAAACUUUUUUUUCUUUAUUUUAUAGUUAUUGUUAUACAAAUUGAAAUCAUAUUUAUACAAGAUAAUACAUAUGAAAAUUCAAUAAAAAUUAUAUAUUAAAAUCAAACUGAUAAUUAACGGUUCGAUUAACGAAAGGAAAGCAGUACUGGGCAAACUACCAGCUUUAAAGUCGUAAACAGAAAGAAUAAGAACAAAUUUCUAUGUUCUGCAGAAGUAGUUGCUAUUUCAACCCCAACUUAUACGUUAAAAAAACAUAUGUUCCACUUGGAACUGCCCUGGUAAUCAACUUACUACCCUUUCUUUUUUAUUCUCUCGGUUAUAUUGAUUUGACCUCAUCAUUAUUUAACCAUAAUAAUACUUUUAUUAUUUAUUUUAGUCAAAUUUUCGUUUUUAACUUGUUAUUAUCACCGGUCUUAUUAUUUGAAGACAAUUCAAUAAAAUGUUUGACCUUUUUUAAACAUCCAACCACUCUUGUUUUCGUCUGCCUUCUGCAAAUAUUAUUUCCAUCAUUAGUAUUAUUAUUAUCAUCACUAUGAUGAUCAUUUCACAAUCCGUUUUCGGUUAUUACUAUCAGUUUCGUCAUUUUUAUCUACAGAAAUCAUAACAGUUUAUGUAUGCUUUUGCACUCGAUUACGUCAUAGUCCCUUACUCAAUAUGUUCAUGAGUACAGAAAUUAUAUAAAGUCACUGUUCACGAACAUACCAGAUGACUUUAUAUAUGCUACACACUGAAGUAUAUUUGUGAAAACAUUUUAUUGAAUUCUAUGAUUCAAUGCACAUGAGGAAAAUAUAAAGCACAAGAAAUAGAAUGUUUAUUGUUCUUGAUUUACGUUAGUUAAUCCAAACUUUCAUAAGUAUAUGAAUUUAUAAGAAUCAUAAUGGAUAGCAGUUAUUGGUAAUCUAAAAAAAAACUGCGUGACAGGUCAUAUCUUUGUGUUACUUAGAAUCGGAAACACCCAUU